GUUUUCUCAAAAUUUUCAAAAUGUUUCAAUAAGGAAAAUAAGUUCAUUUUCGUUUUUCUUCUCAGUGACUCAACGGGCCUAUAAAUCAAAGUAAAGCUUUUGCAUCACCGAAACAAUAAAAUUUUAAUUAUAAAUUGGCAUUCGAAAUACCUCAUCCAGAAAUAUUUCUUUGUCUCUUUUAUUUUUCAACUUUUUUUCUUCAAUCUUCAAAACCGUCAAAAAUCUGGUCAUGUUCAAGUCAACUGGAAAGAAAUUGACUAUUUCUUCAGUCAAUUUUGCAAGUAAACGAUUUUUAUCAACCUCAAAGGUCUUGUUCAAUUUUAAAUACCCAGUCACUCAUCCUGAUCCUGUUGAUCAAAACUCAAAAACUAUCAAAUUCAUAAAUGAAAAUGUUCCAUUUGCUGUCACCACUUAUUCAAGACCAAGUCUAGUAUUUACAAAGGGUGAAGGCUCGUAUUUAUGGGAUCUAGAAGAUCGUAAAUAUGUCGAUUUUACUGCUGGUAUUGCUGUAACUGCCUUGGGACAUGCCAAUCCAAAAAUUGCUGAAAUUUUGUAUGAACAAGCAAAGACUCUUGUUCAUUCGUCAAACUUAUACCACAAUUUAUACACAACUAAGUUGUCCAAAGAUUUAGUAGACAUUACAAAAUCAGCAGAUGGUAUGGUAGAUGCCUCAAGAGUCUUCUUAUGCAAUUCUGGUACAGAAGCUAAUGAAGCUGCUUUUAAAUUCGCAAGAAAAUAUGGUACAACUAAGAAUCCUGAAAAAUACAACUUUAUUACUUUCAAUUCAAGUUUCCAUGGUAGAUCUAUGGGUGCUUUAUCAUUAACUCCAAAUCCCAAAUACCAAAAACCCUAUUCACCUUUAGUUCCUGGUGUAAAAGUUGCCAAUCCUAACGAUAUUGAAAGUGUUAAGCAAUUAAUAAACGAAAAUACUUGCGGUGUCAUAAUAGAACCAAUUCAAGGUGAAGGUGGUGUUAAUGCUAUGGAUUCUGACUUCUUGGUUCAUUUGAAACAAUUAUGUAACCAGAAUGAUGCAAUUCUAAUCUAUGAUGAAAUUCAAUGUGGUUUAGGUAGAACAGGAAAAUUAUGGGCUCAUUCGUAUUUGCCAAAAGAGGCCCAUCCCGAUAUUAUUACAAUGGCUAAAGCCUUGGGCAAUGGUUUCCCAAUUGGCGCUACAAUGGUGAGUGAAAAAGUAGAAAAAGUAUUAAACGUCGGUGAUCAUGGUACAACUUAUGGUGGAAAUCCUUUGGGUUCAAGAGUUGGUCUCUAUAUGAUUCAUGAAUUAUCAAAACCUUUAUUUUUAAAAGAAGUAAGCAGAAAAUCUGAUAUUUUUGUUAAAAAAUUAACCCGGAUUCAGAAAAAACACCCAAAAGAAAUCUUGGAAGUUAGAGGUAAAGGUCUUUUAUUAGGAAUUGAAUUGCAAAAUAGUGAAACUAUUGGAAAAAUUAUUGACGAAUCAAGAAAAAGAGGCUUGUUAAUUAUUUCUGCUAGUGGUAAUGUUAUUAGAUUCGUUCCUCCUUUGAACAUCGACGACAGUGUUAUCGAAGAGGGUUUGACUAUUUUUGAGAAAGCAGUUGAAACUGUUUUGAACUAGAUGGACUAAUAAUUUUUAUGUAUCCAAAACCUUUUUAUUUUAUUUUUUUAUUUAUUCAUUUGACUGGGGGAAAAUGAAAUGCAUUAAAAUAAAAUUAAAUCAAGUUAAGUUAAAUUAAAAUAAACACUUUUACGAUACCAUUAUACCCAAUUACGAAGCAAACAAAAUGUAAAAUUUGUUAUUAAACCCCCAAUAAUAGCCAUUUUCUGUCUUUUACUUAUCAUAAAUUCUUCUCUCAAGAAAAAUAAACUCAACACUCCAAGUAAACAACCCAUUAACAUACCGAUUAGCAAAUCUUG